AUGUUUCUAGGUCCUCCCCCACCUGAUCCACUCCGAAUACGUCUCGCGCACGCCUUGGGCUUCCCAAACUACCCCAACGAUGACACCGUCGAACCGUACAUCAACUACCUUCUGAACCAGCACGAUGCUCGUGGUACUCCGGAAUACGAAGAUCUUCUCAUUACAAUAGUACAACACUUCCAUGGCCCUCAGCCCCUUGGAUCAAUGAAGAGGAGCAUUGAAGGGCUGCUACAUUCGCUAUCUAUCCACCCGAACACACAAUGGCACGAAGAGGACACGGUGGUGCGCGCUAUUGGCUGCUGCACACUUUUACUGAGCUCGUUCACCGAUCUACCAACGGUAGCCGGUAAGCUCCGAAUGGUGACGGCAAGCUACAAUCUGCGCAUGCACGGAAGCCUGCUGGGUGGCCAGCCAUACUUCGAGAGCUUGGCAAAAUUGGUAGCGGGCAGCGGUUUGCUACCAGCGCCUGUUGCAUUCGCCUCUGUGGUGACCAUGGCAGAUUUAGAGUCCUUGGAGUCGCUCUUUGUUGACGCGACCCAUCUCAACGCGUACAGAUUGACUGUGUUCGGAGCAGUGGAAAUCACCUGGACUCAUAACAUCUCCCGGCACCUCCUGCUAUCGAACCGCAACGGACGUCGCAUACUUGAGAUCUUCGCGCUACCAUGCGCCUUAGAUGCCGCUCCCCUUAGGAUGGUCGGUGUCGGUAAUGAGCUGGCGCAAGAGGUCAUGGAGUCAUACAGCUUGCUGUUCAACGCCUGGCCUUCAUUGGGUCCUCAUGCUAAGCUUGGCUUAUGGGUACGUGUUUCUGUAUGA